GUUAAAGUUCAAAAUAUUGCAGCAGCCACGUUGAAAACUUGUAAAAAAUACAAAUUUUAAAGCAAGUUUCAGCAAAAAUCCUUGCGACUAUGGCUUUAGCAAGACCUGUAUUUAUUGUGGCAGCUAAAAGGACUCCUUUUGGUACAUUUGGUGGCAAACUACGGAAUACGUCAGCCACAAUACUUGGCGUUCAGAGCUCAAAGGCUGCGCUCGACAGUGGCUCAAUCGACCCGGCUACUGUGGAUUCUGUGAUAUUUGGCAACGUAAUACAGGUAUAUUUAGGGAAAUUUAAGUAAAUAAACGUUGAAAUUUAGCAUAGCUUGCUUUCAAAGUCUACAUUUUUUACAUUUUAGAAAGUUUGUCUGUGACUGUGUGUGAGUUUAUAUAUUUUCAAAAAUGUUACAUAACAUUUUGUGCCUGGCACGAAAUUUAACUGCAAGGAUGGCUGUUGUUAUACUGUUGUUGUUGCUAUUGUUGUUGUUGCUGUUGUUUUGUCAUUGUUGCUGUUGUUCCUUAUGUUGUUGUUGCUGUUGUUGUUGCUAUUGUUGUUGUUGUUGUUGUUGUUGUUGUUGUUGUUGUUGUUGUUGUUGUUGUUGCUGUUGUUGUUGCUGUUGUUGCUGCUGUUCAUGUUGUUGUUGCUGUUAUUGUUGCUGUUGUUGUUGCUAUUGUCAUUGCUGUUGUUAAUUGCUGUUGUUGUUGCUGUUGUUUUGUCAUUGUUGUUGUUGCAGCUGUUAUUGUUUUGUCAUUGUUGUUGUUGUUGUUGUUGUUUUGUCAUUGUUGUUGUUGUUUUGUCGUUGUUGUUGUUGUUUUGUCAUUGUUGUUGUUGUUUUGUCAUUGUUGUUGUUGUUGUUUUGUCAUUGUCAUUGUUGUUGUUGUUUUGUCAUUGUUGUUGUUGUUGUCUUGUCAUUGUUGUUGUUGUUGUUGUUGUUGUUGUUGUUGUUGUUGUUGUCUUGUCAUUGUUGUCGUUGUCGUUGUCGUUGUCGUUGUCGUUGUCGUUGUCGUUGUUGCAUAUUUUAUUCUCCAUGUUUGGAACCCAUGAGUAAUUUCUAAGCAUCAUUUUAGUCUGCGUCAGAUGGCAUCUACGUCGCACGACACAUUGGACUGCAUUCCCAAGUUCCGAUAGCAUCAACAGCAUUGACUGUCAAUAGAUUGUGCGGUUCUGGUUUCCAAGCAAUAGUCAAUGCUGCCCAGGUACUGUACAGUUAAUUUAAAUCUUACAGUAACUUAAAUGAAAAGAGAGAGAAAAUAUGUUUGCAGCACAGGAAAAAUAAUUAUCUUCCUGGAAGCACAACCUGGAGACAAAAAUUUCCCGCAGACCAACAGAGUAUUUUUGUGCUAAAUCUGCAUGUGCAUAAAUAUAUAGUGUUCUAGCUGACCAUGGUUUUAAAUUCGAGGAAUAAUGUCUGUCAAUCAUAUGUUGUUGCGCCCAUAGUGGGACAUGGGUGUUAAGGUUUCCUUCAAAUUUUCAAUAGCAAAUCUUCAUUCAAAUGAAUUUUCUGCAGCUGUUAAACUUUUCCUGCGAACAGUGCUCGCCUAUUUUUCUACCCCUAUACAUUUGCUUCAUUCUGUUCACCAGGAAAUUGUGGUUGGUGACAGUGACGUAGUUCUGGCUGGAGGCACAGAAAACAUGAGUCAAGCACCAUAUGCUGUGAGAGAUAUCAGAUGGGGGACAAGAUUUGGUACAGAUUUAAAG